AUGGCCAAUCAACUCCGUACAAAAUUGGGUUGUAAGGUGAGUUAUUGGAAGAUAUAUAAGGGUAGGGAGAUUGCAAAGUCUUUGGUUAGGGGAACACAUGAGCACGAGUAUGGAGUGCUUGAUGCAUACCGCUGUAUGCUUGAGUCCACAAAUCCAGGAAGUAAGACGACAUUGCAGGUUGAUGAAAAUGGAAAGUUCAAGUACUUUUUUGUAGCCUAUGUGACUUGGAUUCAAGGUUUUCGACAAUUGAGAAAAGUCAUAGCCGUUGACGGGACAUUCUUGAAGAGCAAGUACGAAGGAGUUUUACUAUCGACAAUGGCGCAAGAUGCAGAGAAUCAUAUUUUUCCGAUGGCUUUUUGUGUAGUGGAUAAAGAACGUGAUGCUUCAUAUCAAUAUUUUUUUGAACAAAUGAGAAGUUAUGUAGAUGAUACUGAUGAGCUAUGCAUAAUUUCUGGUAGGCAUUCAAGUAUCCGAAAGAUGGUUUCAAUUGUGUAUCCAUCAGCUCAUUAUGAUUGUUACAUAAGGCCCCUUGGAGAAAAUAUUCGAAUCAAUUUUCACAAUGCAAAGGUUGUAUCUCAUUUUUAUAAUGCAGCGAAAGCGUACAAUACAGUUGAGUUCUAUGACCAUUUCAAUCAGAUAAGGGAUAUGGUACCCAAGGCAGCCGAACAUCUCGAAUCAGUUCGAUUUCAUAGAUGGAGCAGGACAUUUUGUUCGAGAAAUAGGUAUUUGGAGUUUGAGUCAAAUCAUGGGUACUACUUGGCAAGAAGGAACAAGGCGACUGAAAAGAACGAAGAAAUGGCGGCCUGA